AUGGAACUUUUUCGCGCCUUGAGCGAGAAGGGCGUGAAGUUUGGCGUUGGUGGAGACUGUCCUGACGUUGCAGUUGCAGAGCAUCAGACAAUCUCCAUGGCGAGUCGUGGACGUAUCAUUUUGCGACGGAAUCAGCCAGACGGUGGUGCUUCUGGCAUGGCCUACUCUUACUGGGCAUCCGGAGAACUGGAAACGAACUCCUUCUCAACAUGGGAGACCCUGCUGGAGGAUGAACCUCAGCUUACUUCGCAGUGCGACACCCAGAGUCAGCGCCGCGCCACGAUGAGGCGGUAG